AUGUCGUCUCCGGUUUCUCAUUUGUUCAUAGCUACAUUUGGCGAUUCGAUUACCGACACCGGAAACUUGAUCUCUCUCUCCGACCCUAACGAGCUUCCUGCUGCCGCGUUUCCGCCUUACGGAGAAACCUUCUUCCACAACCCCACUUGUCGUUUCUCCAAUGGUCGUCUCAUCAUUGACUUCAUCGCUGAAUUUUUGGGGCUUCCUUACUUUGGAUCUCCAAAUGAAAACUUUGAGAAAGGAGUUAAUUUCGCGGUAGCAGGAGCAACGUUGCAGAGAGAUGAUUGGCAAUGCUUUGAUUAUAGUUGGAGUGUUGGAGGGAAUGAUUAUAACUAUGCGUCUUUCGUUGGAAAAAGCAUCGAAGAGACGAAAGAGCUGGUUCCUCUAGUGAUCAGCACUGUUUCUUCUACAAUUACGGAGUUGAUCAGAUGUUUGAAAUGGCUAAACGAGUUUAGACAACAUCACAACAAGGAGCUUCAAGCAGAACUCAACAGACUCCAGAGACUCUACCCUCAUGUAGCCAUCUUAUACGCUGACUACUACAAUGCCGCGUUACAGAUUUUUCAAGAACCGGCAAAAUUCGGGUUCAUAAACCGACCCUUGUCCGCUUGUUGUGGAUCAGGAGGUAUGUACAAUUACAAUAGUGUUAGUCCGUGUGGGACUAAAGGAGUGGAUUGUUGUCUUGAUCCUUCAAAGUAUGUACAUUGGGACGGUAAUCAUUUGACUGAGUCUGCGUAUCGAUGGAUCGCUGUGGGAUUGCUCGAGGGGCUUUCGAUUGGUCGUGUCUCGGCUUUGAACUUGAGAACAGAUCAUUAG